CAUCAUACACACCAUCUACCUAAUCACACAACACACAUUUGCAAAGAUGAGCAGCUUUGAAACUUGGCAAUCCCCUUUAUCGGGAAGAUAUGCAUCCAAAGAGAUGGCAUCUUUGUUCAGUAAUGCUACCCGGUUUUCCACUUGGCGUACAUUAUGGUUGCAUUUAGCAACGGCUGAACGUGAAUUGGGAUUAGACAUCCCAGCAGAAGCCAUCGAACAAAUGAAGGCAAACCUUAAACUGGACGAAAAACAAAUGAAGAUCGCCGCUGAAGAAGAAAAGAGAAGAAGACAUGAUGUUAUGGCUCACGUUCAUACAUUCGGUGUCGUUGCACCCGCUGCUGCUCCUUAUAUUCAUUUAGGUGCAACUUCUUGUUACGUUACCGAUAAUGCAGACUUAAUCUUCUUACGAUCUGCUUUGGACCUUUUGAUCCCAAAGUUGGCCGUCGUCAUUCAUCGUUUAUCAGCAUUCGCAGAGAAAUACAGAGAUUUACCUACCCUUGGUUUCACACAUAUGCAACCUGCACAAUUGACAACUGUAGGAAAACGAUGCACUCUUUGGAUUCAAGAAUUCUUAUGGGAUCUACGAAACAUCAAACGUGCUCGUGAUGAUUUAGGUUUCCGUGGAGUAAAGGGUACAACUGGUACACAAGCAAGCUUCUUGGCUUUAUUCGAUGGUGAUCAUGACAAAGUGGAAGCGUUGGACGAACGUGUGACUGCAUUGUCCGGGUUCCCAUAUGCUAUGCCCGUUUCAGGUCAAACUUACUCACGUAAGAUCGAUGUGGAUGUUUUGAACAGUCUUACAUCCUUCAGCGCUUCUGCCCUGAAGAUGGCUACGGAUAUCCGAUUGUUGUGCCACUUGAAGGAAAUCGAAGAACCAUUCGAGAAGGAUCAAAUCGGAAGUAGUGCAAUGGCAUACAAGCGUAACCCAAUGCGAAGUGAACGUGUUUGUGGUCUAGCACGUUGGCUGGGUAACAUCAACAACAGUGCCAGAGAAACUGCUGGUGGUCAAUGGAUGGAACGUACUUUGGACGAUAGUGCUAACCGUCGAUUGACAAUCCCCGAAGCGUUCCUGACUGCUGAUGUCAUCUUGACAAUUUUGCAAAACAUUUCUGAAGGUUUGGUCGUUUACCCUGCCAUCAUUGGAAAACACAUUGCCGCAGAAUUGCCAUUCAUGGCAACCGAAAACAUCAUCAUGGCCAUGGUUCGUGCAGGCGGAGAUCGUCAAGAAUGCCACGAAAAGAUUCGUGUUUUGUCACAUCAAGCUGCACGAAUUGUCAAAGAAGAAGGAGGUGAUAAUGAUUUGGUUGAAAGAGUUCGUGCUGAUUCUUACUUUGCUCCUAUUCAUGCUCAAAUGGACAAAUUAUUGGACCCCAAGAGUUUCGUUGGACGUGCACCUGAACAAGUGGACUCCUUCAUUGCUAAAUGGGUUCAACCUGCUCUUUCACCUUACAAAGAAGUGCUCGCAAAGGUAGAAAAGGCAGAAUUGCACGUGUAAAAAGAAGUAUCUCUCGUUGUGUUGUUGUUUGUAUUCAAUUUAUUAAAGCCUUCAACUGGCCAAAAAUAACAAGUAUUAAUUAUUGUGCUAUCUAUAGAUCGGAUUCUCGAGAAAACUCGUAUUUUUUCGUAAUGUACAAUGGUAUAUAAUAGAGUCUUUUUCCAGUCCUCUUCAACGA